CCAAAUCUCUUCAGUCCACCAUUUCUUCGCUUCUUUUCCAUAAUAACAACAAUGGAACAAGUUUUGAAUUUCAAGGUGAAUACUAUUUUCCCAUAGCAGAAAUUUACCGAAAUCCAACAACAUGGGUUUACAAGUGUAGAAAGAUGAGCGAUCAAUCAUUGAUGGUUUUUAAAAUUAUUCAUGAUGAUUCAGGUUUACUUGAGACUGGAGAAACCAGAAGCGAGUAUUUGCAAAAGUAUAAACACACAAAUCAUGCCAAUGUUUUAUCGAUGAAAACUUUUAAUAAUUAUAAUGAUGAUGAUGAAGCCUCUAUAACCUUACGAGAAUAUGUUAUUAUAUCUAAAUUUAGAGGAAAUAAUUUGCGUGAUGUGAGAAAAAACUUGGAAAGAGUUUCAAUUUUAAUGGUAUUACAAAUCAUUGUGCAGUGUUGUGGAGCUUUGCAAUCCCUAUCACUGAAUCAUAUCAUUCACAGAGAUGUUAAACCGGAAAAUAUUUUUAUGAGUGAGGAGGGAAUGAUAGUGUUGGGAGAUUUAGGAUGUGCCACAAUGGCAGAAAAUAAUUUAGAUGAUAUGUUAUUGUUAAAUGAGGAAAAUAAUGAGCAAUUGGUUGAUGAUUGUACUAGCUCCUGUUACUCUUCUGCUACAGGUUUUGCUGGUACAAUUGGGUUUAUUGCUCCAGAAAUCCUUAAUGGAAAAUGUUCCUGCAAAUGUGAUAUUUUUAGUCUGGGUAUUACUAUUCUAUCAUUUCUAUUUCUAGAUCGAUUUCACUUACAAUUAAAAUAUCAACAAGAAGAAUUGUGGAAUGAUAUCGAAACAUUAUUCCAAAAUAUUAUUACUAAUACUACUACCACUAUUAGCGAAUUUGAGAAUGAUCCUUCUUCAUGGAUUGUAAUUAAGGACUUAUGUAAAGGAAUGACAUGUAUUCACGAAGACAAUAGAUAUUCUAUUGAAAAUAUAUUUCAGGUGAUGUUUGAUAAUUUGAAUGGCAAAGUUACUAGCUUGGUUGAUUGUUUUCAAAAUUUAAAACACCCAUUUAAAAAUAGUAAGAGUGUUGUUUCGUAUGUAUGUGAAAAGAAUGGCCUCAAUCUUCAAUUUGUAUCACCAGAGGACUUUUUGAUAGAGAAAGAACUUGUUUUAGGGUGUGUAAAACAAAAUGGCAUGUCUCUUGAAUAUGCACUCUCUUUUAGAAAUGAUUUUGAAAUUGUAAUGGAGGCUAUUACUCAAAAUUCAAACGCUAUUAUGUAUGCCUCUACUAAACUUUUGAAUGAUCAGCAAAUCAUUUAUCAAGUUGCAUUGAUGAGUGAACCUCAGGAUGCAAUUAAAAAUCUAUCACUGACCUCUGAAGAAUUGAAGAAUAAUAGAGAAUUCAUGUUAAAAAUAAUGGAAUUAAAAGGACAAGCACUAUGUUGCAUUCCUCAUUUCAACAAUGAUAAGGAAAUGGUCUUGAAAGCAGUGAAGAAUUAUGGUAAUGCUCUAUAUUAUUCAUGUGAAAAUUUGAGAAAUGAUAAGGAUGUAAUAAUAGAGGCAAUGAAUACCGAUGGUGGAUCAUUUAGUUAUGCAUCUGAGGAAUUGAAGAAAGAUCGUCAUAUUGUUACAGAAGCUAUUAAAAGAGACGGUAACAAUCUUGGGUAUGCAUGUAAGGCUUUAAGGAAUGAUUUAGAAAUAGUUAGCUUGGCCAUUAGAAAAAAUGGAAAUUCUCUUAAAUUUUGUGGAACAUCUUUUAAAGGAAACAAGAUUAUUGCUAUGGAAGCAGUUAAAAAUAAUCCAAUAGCUUUACAACACUGCACAGAAGAACUAAGGGACGAUAGGGAUAUUGUUCUAGCUGCAGUUCAACUGGAUGGAAUUGUUCUUGAAUAUGCAUCGGAUAGAUUGAGAAAUGACAAAGAGGUUGUUAUGAAGGCAGUUCAAAACAAUGGCUCUUCCUUUAGAUUUGCAUCUGAAGAACUGAAACAAGAUGGCGACAUUCUCAUUUUCAAAAAACCAUUUACUUAUAUUUUACCAUUUGUAUUUUCCUCUCAACCACUAUCAAUAAUAGAUAAUAGAGAAUUAGCAUUACAAAAAGUACAACAAAAUGGAUUAAACCUCGAGUAUGUCUCAGAGGAACUGAAAAAUGAUAGGCAAGUAGUACUAGCAGCCAUCUCUAAAAAUGGAAAUGCUCUCAAGUUUGCCUCAGAGGAAUUGAGAAACGAUAAGCAGAUUGUAACUGCUGCGGUAUUGGAAAUACCAUAUACUCUCAAAUUUGCUUCAAACGAGCUGAAAAACAAUAGAGAAUUCACAACAGAACUAGAAAAAGAAAUGCAAAAACUGAUUCCAAAAUACAUUUCACUAAAAGAAGAGAGUGCAAUAGAUAUCAUAUUGUAA